AUGCGAAGAGCUUUUUCUUCCCCAAAAGAGUUCAAGCAUUUCAUCCAAACAAAGGAGCAUCCGGAAGAUGGACCCGCGUACUACAAUGAAGACCUUCUUCCAACGCCGCCCUCCCAACGCACAUGGACGGCAUUGCACUUCUUCACGUAUUAUCUGACUCAGACGUUUUCUCCAAGCUCCUACAACCUUGGCGCAACCUUGAUUUCUAUCGGACUCCAAUGGUGGCAUGGCAUAGUUGCGGCAGUCAUUGGCUCAGCGAUUCUCAGUAUAGUUGUCAUACUUAACUCUCGAGGAGCAACCCGGUACCAUGUCGGAUUCCCGGUGUACGUCAGAGCUGCAGCUGGAGUCAACGGAGCUAAACUCUUCAUCGUUGUUCGGGCGUCCGUUGCAAUCAUCUACUUCGCAACUCAGUCAUUCUACGGAGGCAUGCUUACUUCAGUCGCCCUUCGCGCCAUCUUCGGUUCGUCUUGGGACAACAUCCCCAAUACCUUGCCUACCAGCGCGGGUAUCACAUCCAAGAAUCUACUCGCCUUCUUCAUAUUCUGGAUCAUCCAGUUUCCCGUCAUGUUUGUGCACCCGACUAUCUUAAGGCACUUGUUCGUCAUCAAAUCGGUCGCGACAACUGCAGGUUUGUUCGGUGUCAUGGGAUGGGCAAUCCAUAUGAACGGUGGGACGCUUGGUAACUUCGACUUUGGAGGCAAGGCAUUGAGCAACUCUGCACUAGUAUGGCCCAUGAUCCAAGCCAUUAACAGCGUCAUGGCCGCAUUGUGUCCGAUUCUGGUCAACCAGCCGGAUGUUGCUCGAUAUGCAACCAGUCCUGCGCACGCGACUUGGUCUCAAGUUACGGGCAUAUUGGUCAGCAAGGUCUUGGUCAUGUUCCUGAGCUGCGCGACCACGAGUGCCACAACUGGGGUUCUUGGGAAGAGCUACUGGAAUGUUUGGGAUCUCUACAAUGCCAUUCUCACGGAGUACUGGGGUCCUGGUGCCCGAGCAGGCAUGUUCUUCGCUUCAGCGGGGAUGAUCCUCGCCAUCAUUGCGACAAAUGCCGGCUCCAACUCUUUGCCUGUUGGCGCAGACACCAGCGGACUUUGGCCGAGAUAUAUCAAUAUCGUCAGAGGUCAAGUUAUCUGUGCUCUCUUGGCACCUCUUUGCGUUCCGUGGAAGAUCAUUGCAAGCGCCAGCUCGUUUCUCACGUUUUUGGGAUCGUAUACUGUGUUUCUCAUGCCUACAUGUGGUAUCAUGAUUGUCGACUAUUGGAUCUUACGUCGAGGCAACUUCCAUGUUCCAAGUCUCUACACAAAGGCUGAAGGCUCACCGUACUCCUACUACAACGGUUGGAAUCUGCGAGCCGUGGCUGCGUGGGUUUCAGGUCUUGCUUUCACGGUCCACGGCAUCGCAGGCAGCCUUGACCCUGCUGCUGUUAACCAAGCCAGCAAGAACAUGUAUAAGCUUGGAUUCUUGCUAUCGCUCAUUAUGGGUUCCCUGGUCUACUACAUUGCUUGUCUCAUCUGGCCUCCUCCAGUCUACCCCGAGGGACUGGAGUCUCAAGCGACGAUGGAUUUUGAAGACAUGGCAUCGUCUGAGGGUUUCUUUCCGGGAGAAAGUGUUGACACUAUUCGCGGUGUGUUGUCGGCAGUUGAGGGUCCGGAAGGUCAAGUAGGAGGAAAGACCGUGGGGACAGAGUCCGUGAGCGAGAAGAACAUAGUUUAA